AUGGUGUUAGAAGCCUCUAUGAUAGUCGUUGACAACAGCGAAGCUAGUCGAAAUGGUGAUUAUGUACCCUCGCGAUGGGAAGCACAACAGGACGCGGUGAACAUGAUCUUCUCCGCAAAGACCGGUGCAAACCCAGAGUCUUCCGUCGGUCUUAUGAGCAUGGGAGGCAACACACCGGAGAUCCUCACGACCCUGACAACGGACAUUGGCAAGGUGUUGGACGGUCUGCACCGGACAAAGAUAAAGGGCAGCUCGCACUUCGUGACUGGCAUCAACGUCGCGGCUUUGGCCCUCAAGCACAGGCAGAACAAGUCGCAGAAGCAGCGGAUAGUCAUGUUCAACUGCAGCCCUAUCGAAGAAGACGAGAAGAAUCUGGUCAAGUUGGCAAAGAAGAUGAAGAAGAGCGGUAUCAGCAUCGACAUCAUCGCAUUCGGCGAGCUGAGCGACGAUACCACGCGGAAACUCCAGGCCUUUAGCGACAACGUACAAAGCGCCGAAGGCUCCUACCUCGCUACCAUCCCGCCCAGCGCGAACUUACUCAGCGACUCGUUGAUUACAACACCUAUAGUUGGCGGAGAGGGUGCAUCCAAUGCUGGUGGUGACAGCGGUUCUGGAGGCGGAGGUGGCGGUCCAUCAGGCGGCAACGACUUCGAAUUCGGCGUAGAUCCAUCGGUUGAUCCUGAGCUCGCAUUGGCGCUGAGGAUGUCUUUUGAGGAAGAGAAAGCACGGCAGGAGAAGGACAAGAAGACGAAAGAGGCCGCCGAAGGCAAGCAAGAGCUUGAGCCGGUUGCAGAGGGUGACGAGAAGCAGCCGCUGCUAGAUACCCAAGGUCAGCCUAGCGGAAGUGGCAGCAAGGACAAGAAGGAUGAUGACUCCGACAAGAUGGACACCGCAUAA